UUCUCCUCGACCUUCUGACAGUUCUUUUUCCGGUGACAUUUGUUGUUUAGCGGACGCGUUGUUCCACGGUCUGCUACAAAUUUCCCUUAUUAAUAGGUAGCAAAGAUGGCAACAAAGGAUGCUAAGGCCGUCAAACCCGCAUCGGGUAAGGACAAGUCGAAAAACGUUAUGCGCGACUUGCGGAUCCGCAAGCUCUGCCUGAAUAUUUGCGUCGGUGAAUCCGGUGAUAGGCUGACACGUGCCGCUAAGGUGCUGGAACAGCUGACGAACCAGACGCCCGUCUACUCGAAGGCCCGCUACACCGUGCGUUCGUUCGGUAUCCGUCGUAACGAAAAGAUCGCCGUCCACUGUACGGUGCGUGGCGCUAAGGCAGAGGAAAUCCUCGAGCGUGGACUGAAGGUGCGCGAGUACGAGCUGCGUCGUGACAACUUCUCCCAGACCGGCAACUUCGGUUUCGGUAUCCAGGAACACAUCGAUCUGGGUAUCAAGUACGAUCCAUCGAUCGGUAUCUAUGGAUUGGAUUUCUACGUUGUGCUCGGCCGCCCAGGAUACAACGUUGCUCAGCGACGACGCAAGACCGGCAAGAUCGGUUUCAUCCACCGCCUCACGAAGGAGGACGCCAUGAAGUGGUUCCAACAGAAAUACGACGGUAUCAUCCUGACCAGCAAGGCGAAGUAAGCUGUGGCAGCAAGUUCCAGCUUGGAUUCCGUGAGGAGGAGAUGUGUGUGAGAGGAGUUUUUACUUCCAACUGAUGCGCAGGGCAUCGUGUGGAGGAUAGAAAUAUCUGAGGAUGAAGUAAAUAAAUACUUCUACCAAAGCCGUUGCCCAGCACGUUUGGUUGAAAAAAUGCUG